AUGUCCGAGCGUAACUUGCUCGAGAGACUCGAGAAGCUUUGCAAUGUCGAUGUCGACGAUGUUGACACCGGGCUUAUCGCUUCUUUGCCCUUCAAACCUCACAACCUCACCUCAAAUCAACAAGUGAUCUGCAACACGAUGCUUGCCGACUCAAACCGCGAGUUGCUUACGAAUAUGGUUGACAUGUACGGCAGCCAGGGCUGGGAGGUUGUAUUUGACAGAAUGGCAGUACAACUCGUCAAAAAUAACCUCGAGUACAUAACGGGCCGCGUUCUGCUACAGAUUUCUCCUCGGCAUAUUAAUAACAAACCUGCCAUAAUUCAGCACUGCCGCCGACUCGCAAAGUAUUUCGAUGAUGCAAAUAUUCCAAAAGCUCGAUUUGCCAUCAAGCUUCCAUUCACAGGUGCUGCUGCGUGCGCUGCUGCGGAACUGAACAGUGAGGGCAUACGCACUCUUGCAACCUCGGUUUUUGGGCUGGAGCAAGCCAUCGCUGCGAGCCAGUCGGGCUGUCUGUUCAUCAGCCCGUACUAUAACGAAAUUGCUGCAUACUCAAACUUGUCAUUGUGGACAAACACCCCCGAUCCAGCGCUGGAGCAUCCCAUGUCGGCUCGGGUGAUUCACAUUCUUGAGGCGUACGCCAAAUCCUACAGUGAAACAGGCAACGAGCAGCCAAUAAUGGUGAUUGCAAGCCACCUGAACGCUACUGAGGUCAUGGCCAUGGCUGAGCUUGGCUGUCAGCAUGUCACGGUCACAGGGGGGAAUAUGAAAGCCCUUCUACAGACUCCUGACAACCUCUCGCCGGUUACCGUCCCAAAACCUACCCAUCCAUAUGCGCAUCUCAUCACACCCGCGAGAUUGAAGUGUUUGUCGCACGUCGACUCACUUUCACCAGCGGGCUGGAGUGACAUAUUGGCGUCGGGAUCAACCGAUUAUCUCACAAACAAUGGGUGUGCCCUAGACGAAGCUAUACAAGCAGAUGGGUUUGUAGCGAAGGGAAUUAAGGAUGCGAUGGAUUGGUUCAUUGAAGCUGAAGAAAAGGCAAAGCAUGCGAUCGAAAGGGAGAUUUCCAUGAGGAAGGAGUCUGCCAGUGCACAGUAA